GAAGGAAGGAAGGAAGGAAAGAAGGAAGGAGAGAAGGAAGGGAGGGAGGAAAGAAGGAAGGAAGGAAGGAAGGAAGGAAGGGAGGGAGAGAGGGAGGAAGGAAGGAAGGAAGGAAGGAAGGAAGGAAGGAAGGAAGGAAGGAAGGAAAGAAGGAAGGAGAGAAGGAAGGGAGGGAGAGAGGGAGGAAAGAAGGAAGGGAGGGAGGGAGGGAGGAAGGAGAGAAGGAAGGAGAGAAGGAAGGGAAAAGUAAGGAAGUAUAGAGGAUGGAUGGAAGGAAGGAGAGAAGAAGAGAAGGAGAUAAAGGAAGGAAGGAAGGAGAGAAGGAAGGGAAAAGGAAGGAUAGAAGAUGGAAGGAAGGAAGGAAGGAAGGAAAUAAAUAAGAAAGUAUGGAAGAAUCCAGAAAACGCCUCUUGAUUCCAUUGCAAGGAGACAUUGCAAUUAAAGCGGCUUCAAACCUCAGCCAUCCUCCAGUGUAGAUGAGUGUAAGGGAGACAUAGAUAAAACCAAACUCAUGCUUCCCUUGAUGUUUUUGAAAGUGUAAUUUGGAAGGGAAAAGUCUGGAGGAAGCGGGGAUGUCAUUGUCGCUGGUUGAAAAGGUCCUGUGAUGGAGGAAGAAAGCUGGGGAGAGCGGCGGUCUCGCUGGAGGAAAUGCAAAGGUGAUGUUCCCGGCAACGGAGGCAACUUGUCUGAAGCGAGGCGAGGAGGAAACGCGUGGAGGUGUCACCAAUUACAGGGGAGCCGAGCGGAUGGCGGUGAUGCUCCCUCCCGGAUGGCUUGGCAGGAUAAACAAGGCUGGAGAGGCCGCUCAGCCAUGGAGAGGCACAGCAGGGAGGGCCUCCACUGGUACGGUGUGUGCCAGUACCAUGGAAAAGCUUUUCCUGCCACUUUUGAUGCUUGGCACCAUGGCAAAAGCUCAGCACUGCCCCGGCCGUUGCAUCUGCCAGAACAUCUCCCCGACGUUGACCAUGCUGUGUGCCAAAACGGGCCUCCUCUUUGUGCCGCUCUCCAUCGACCGGCGCACGGUGGAGCUGCGCCUGACGGACAACUUCAUCACCGUCAUCCGGCGGAAGGACUUCUCCAACAUGACCAACCUGGUGCACCUCACUCUCUCCCGCAACACCAUCAGCCAGAUCAUGCCCUUUGCCUUCUCCGACCUGCGUGCCUUACGGGCCCUGCACAUGAACAGCAACCGCUUGGCCGCCUUGAAGAACGAGCACUUCCGAGGGCUGAGCAACCUCCGGCACCUCAUCCUUGGCAACAACCAGAUCAACAACAUCGAGGCGUCCUCCUUUAACGAGUUCCUGUCCACCGUGGAAGACCUGGAUCUUUCUUACAACAAUCUGGAGACACUGCCGUGGGAAGCCAUCGGGCAAAUGGUGAGCCUCAACACCCUCACGCUGGACCACAACCUCAUUGACUACAUUGCGGAGGGCACUUUCUCCCAACUCCAGAAGCUGGUGAGGUUAGACAUGACCUCCAAUCGGCUCCAGAAGCUGCCCCCGGACAACCUCUUCUUGAGGGCUCAAGUGUUGGCCAACGUCCGCGGGACUCACCCUUCCUCCUUGACCAUCAGCUUUGGAGGCAACCCUUUGCACUGCAACUGUGAACUUCUUUGGCUCCGGAGGUUAACGCGGGAGGACGACUUGGAGACCUGUGCAUCUCCAGAGCAUCUAAUGGACAAGUAUUUCUGGUCCAUCCCCGAAGAAGAGUUCAUCUGCGAGCCUCCGCUCAUCACCCGCCAAUACGCAACCAAGGCGUUCAUCAUGGAAGGACAAGGGGUGAGCCUCAAAUGCAAAGCCGUGGGGGACCCAGAGCCCUCGAUCCAUUGGAUUGCACCCGAUGGCAAGUUGAUCCACAACACAACUCGGGCCACGGUCUACGACAACGGCACCCUGGACGUCCUCAUCACCACCUUGAAGGACAACGGUAUCUUCACCUGCAUUGCCUCCAAUGCGGCUGGAGAGGCCACUGCCCCUGUCGAAAUCUGCAUCGUCCCCCUCCCUUUGCUUGUCAACAACACUGCUCACAUGAAGGAACCUGACCCUGGCUCCUCUGACAUCACCACCUCCUCCAAAUCCGGUGCCAAUGACACCAAGAACCACCUGGACAAGCGGAUCGUCGCAGCCGAUCUGACGUCCACCUCGGUGGUCAUCCAUUGGCCCUCCGAGCGGCACAUCCCUGGCAUCCGUAUGUACCAGAUCCAAUACAACAGCUCCUUGGAUGACUCUUUGGUUUACAGAAUGAUCCCCUCCUCCAGCAAGACCUUCCUGGUCAACGACUUAGCGGCCGGCCGGGACUACGACCUGUGCGUCUUGGCUGUCUACGACGACGGGGUCACCUCCUUGACGGCCACCCGGGUGGUGGGCUGCGUCCAGUUCACCACCGAAGGGGAGGCUGCCCAGUGCCACUCGCUCCACACCCAGUUCUUGGGCGGCACCAUGAUCAUCAUCAUCGGGGGCAUCAUCGUGGCCUCCGUCCUGGUCUUCAUCAUCAUCCUCAUGAUCCGCUACAAGGUCUACAGCGGCCAGGACGAGCACAAGAAAGCCAAAGUCAGCAACGUCUACUCGCAGACCAACGGGAGCCAGCCUUCUUCCUCCUCCGCCGCCGGCGCCGUUGUGCCCCAUUCGGCUUCCAAGGACAAAUACGAGACUCUCCACGAGGCGCUCACCAAGGACGAAGCCAAGGAGGAGGCCCCCAACGGGCAGGACGUCCUGGCCUUGACCGAAGUGGAGAAGCGCUCGGCCAAGUUGGCCGCAGACCUCCAGACAGUGGCCGUCUUGACCUCGGAGGAGAGGAAGGUGGGCGAAGGCAGCAUGACCGCCUCCUCGGUCUCCUUGUGCCUCCUCAAAGACGCCCAGCUCCGCUCCACCCUGGGGGGCAGCAGCUCGGGGCUCUUCCCCCGCGAACUGUCCAGGACUCACCACCACCGCCACUCCUUCGACGGGGACUUCUCCCUCUUCCAGAGCCACAGCUACCCCCGCCGGGCAAGGACAAAAAGACACAUGUCCACCUCCCAGUUGAACUCGGAAGAGUGUCCCCUGAGCCACAGGAGGGUCACUUUUAGCAGCACAGAGUGGAUGCUGGAAAGCACAGUCUGAGACGGGGCCGGGCGGGUCAAUAUGGGGUGGGACAUAGGGGUGGGUGGGCAUCAGGAACGGGCAAGGGACUGCCGGAUGCACAACCAAUCGGGGACAAAGGGAUUGCGGGAGGGGGGCGGGGAAGAUAGAAAGCAAAAGCGGGGGAACAACAGGCCGAAAUACCGAGAGGAAGGGGAUGCAUCCGGCGCAUCCCCCCAAACCUCUCCCCCCAAAAAACGACCGCUUGUUUCCAGAGUAUUUUCUGCAGCGGUGCCUUAGCCAAGCCACAAAAGAGAGAGAGAGAGCGAAAGAGGGAAUGAAAGUGAGGAAGGAAGGAUGGAAUUGUGUUGUCGAAGGCUUUCAUGGCCGGGGUCACAGGGUUGUUGUAUGUCUUUCGGGCUGUGUGGCCAUGUUCCAGAAGCAUUCUCUCCUGACGUUUCACCCACAUCUAUGGCAGGCAUCCUCAGAGGUUGUGAGGAAUAUAUGUCCAUGUUCCAGAAGUAUUCUCUCCUGACGUUUCACCCACAUCUAUAGCAGGCAUCCUCAGAGGUUGUGAGGCAUAGGCAAGGAAGGUAAAUAUAUAUAUAUAUCUGUGGGAAGUCCAGGGUGUGACAAGAGUCCUUUGUCAGUUGGAAGCCAGCAACUCAAAGACUGUCUCCCAACUGACAAAGGACUCUUGUCACACCCUGGACUCUCCACAGAUAUACAUUUACCUUCCAUGCCUCACAACCUCUGAGGAUGCCUGCCAUAGAUGUGGGCGAAACGUCAGGAGAGAAUACUUCUGGAACAUGGCCACACAGCCCAACAGAUAUACAACAACCCCAAGGAUGGAAUUGUGAUUUUCAGGAAAGGAGCCUCUACGGCCCCUUCUAUACUGCCAUAUAAAAUCUAAAGUAUCUGCUUUGACAUGGAUUAUAUGGCAGUGUGGACUCAUAUAAUCCAGUUGCUUUGAUAAUCUGGAUUAUAUGGCAGUUUAGAAGGGUCCUGAGUGCAUCUGCACUGUAGAAUGAAGGCAGUGUGGCUCCUUUUACACUGCCAUAUAAAAUCCAGAUUAUAUUUGACUGAACUAUAUGGCAGUGUAGACUCAUAUAAUCCAGUUGUUUAGAUAAUCUGGAUUAUAUGGCAGUGUAGAAGGGGCCUGAGUGCAUCUGCAUUGUAUUAUGAAGGCAGUGUGGCUCCUUUUACAAUGCCAUAUAAAAUCCAGAUUAUCUGCUUUGACUGGACUAUAUGGCAGUGUAGACUCAUAUAAUCUAGUUCAAGGCAGAUAAUGUGGAUUAUCUGCUUUGACAAUCUGGAUUAUAUGGCAGUGUGGAAGGGGCCUGAGUGCAUCUGCACUGUAGAAUGAAGGCAGUGUGGCCCCUUCUACACUGCCAUAAAAAUCCAGAUUAUCUGCUUUGAACUGGACUACAUGGCAGUGUAGACAUAUAAUCCAGUUAAAAGCAGAUAAUGUGAAUUAUUUGCUUUGAUAAUCUGGAUUAUAUGGUAGUGUGGAAGGGGUCUGAUUGCACCUGUACCAUAGAAUUAAGGCAGUGUGGCCCCUUCUACACUGCCAUAUAAAACCCAGAUCAUCUGGUUUGAACUGUAGACUCAUAUAAUCCUGUUCAAGGCAGAUAAUGUGAAUUAUCCGCUUUGAUAAUCUGGAAUAUAUGGCAGUGUAGGAAGGGCCUACACCAGCAAUUCUCAAACUUUGGUUUCUGGACUUCAGUUCCUAGCAAUAUGGCACAAUGAUUGGGGAUUCCGGGAGAUGAAGUCCAAAACUCCUGGAAGUUUUGCUGAUCUAUGGGAUGAAUGCAGUUUGGUGCCACUUGAACUGCCACAGCUCUAUGCUAUGGAAUUGUGGGAGCUGUUGUUUGCAGAGAAUGGAAAAGAGAAAGAGUAAAAACUCAAACAACAGCCCUGCUAGGUAGGAACGUAAAUUACUCCUCUGACGCCUCCUUGUCCAGCGGCGCAAUGGGAUUGACUGUCUCAAAGGCAAGCAAUUAGUUCUCAUCUCCAAAACACUGCAGAGUCUUGGUCACAGUUAGCAGAGAUUUUACAGCAAAGCCUCUGACCUUGUAUAACAGCUUGAAAUAAGCACACUUGAGCUCUGGCUUUCAUCCAGGUUUAUUCUUUAGUGAUUGCUACAUACAACUAUUUACAGUUCUGCUGUCGGUAUACAGGGAUCCUUACAAACACAGCAAGACACACAACGAGGGUGGCGAUGGAUUACAAAUGCAGAGAGAUCCAAGGCAAAGCAGCUAAGGCUAUGUUUACACUGCCAUGUAAUCCAGAUUAUCAUAUCAGAUAAUCUGCCUUUUCUUCUUUGAACUGGAUUAUAUUUAUUUAUUUAUUACAAUAUUUAUAUCCCGCCCUUCUCACCCAACAGGGGACAGGGCGGCUAUAUGAGUCUACACUGCCAUCUAAUCCAGUUCAGAUAAUCCGGAUUUUAUAUGGCAGUGUGGAUCCAGCCUAUGAUGGCAGAGAACAAGCACGUGGCAAAGAGGAGGUUCACAUACAAGCCACUCCCAUUCUUCUCUCCAAGGAUCACAUGAAAUACGAGGGCUAUCCAGAAAGUAGAUUACAUUUUGGAAUUUAAAAUGAACAAAGUAUAGGAGAAAACAUUUACGACAUGCAGUUGAAAGCCACACCCAAAUACCACUUCUCAACAUUGUCGCCAUUGAAAUCUAGGUACUUAUCAUAGCGAUGAAUGAGCUUGGCAACUCCUUCCCCACAAAACUCUGCCACUUGUGUCCUCAAAAAGUAUAGGAGAAAACAUUUCUCAUACGCAGUUGAAAGCCACACCCAAAUACCACUUCUCAACAUAGUCGCCAUUGAAAUCUAGGCACUUAUCAUAGCGAUGAAUGAGCUUGGCAACUCCUUCCCCACAAAACUCUGCCACUUGCGUCCUCAAAAAGUAUAGGAGAAAACAUUUCCCAUACGCAGUUGAAAGCCACACCCAAAUACCACUUCUCAACAUUGUCGCCAUUCAAGUCUAGGCACGUAUCAUAGCGAUGAAUGAGCUUGGCAACUCCUUCCCCACAAAACUCUGCCACUUGCUUCCUCAAAAAGUAUAGGAGAAAACAUUUCCCAUACGCAGUUGAAAGCCACACCCAAAUACCACUUCUCAACAUAGUCGCCAUUCAAAUCUAGGCACUUAUCAUAGCGAUGAAUGAGCUUGGCAACUCCUUCCCCACAAAACUCUGCCACUUGCGUCCUCAAAAAGUAUAGGAUAAAACAUUUCCCAUACGCAGUUGAAAGCCACACCCAAAUACCACUUCUCAACAUAGUCGCCAUUCAAGUCUAGGCACUUAUCAUAGCGAUGAAUGAGCUUGGCAACUCCUUCCCCACAAAACUCUGCCACUUGCGUCCUCAAAAAGUAUAGGAUAAAACAUUUCCCAUACGCAGUUGAAAGCCACACCCAAAUACCACUUCUCAACAUAGUCGCCAUUCAAGUCUAGGCACUUAUCAUAGCGAUGAAUGAGCUUGGCAACUCCUUCCCCGCAAAACUCUGCCACUUGCGUCCUCAACCAGCUGGUCACACCUUCCUGCAGCUUAUUUAUUUAUUUACUUACAGUAUUUAAUAUUUCGCUCUUCUCACCCCGAAGGGGACUCAGGGUGGGUCACAUUAUAUACAUAUAGGGCAAACAUUCAGUGCCCAUACACACAUAGAACUGAGACAGAGACAGACGCAGAGGCAAUUUAACCUUCUCCCUGUUCAAUUCUGGCUACAGGGGGGAGCAGCUGCUUCAUCAUCCACUGUGACAGCACUUCCUCAUUCCAACGUCGUAAAUUAGUUAAAUUUGCCUCCCCACUUUAUAAGUGGUACCUUAUUUCCUACUUGAUAGAUGCAUUUAUUUAUUUAUUUAUUUACAUCACUUUUACCCCGCCUUUCUCCCCGAGGGGACUCAAAGCGGCUUACAAUAAAUAGGCAAAAAUUCAAUGUCUAAAAACAAUGUAAAAACAACAAUUCGUAUAAAAAAUCUUCAAAACAAGAAUUCAUGUAAAACAGAUAAUUCAUAUAAAACUAUCUUUUGGGUUGCUAGGUCAGCAACGAGCAGGGGCUAUUUUUUUAUUUUUUAAUUGACGGGUGCUCACCCUGCCUCGAACCCAUGACCUCAUGGUCAGAGUGAUUUAUUGCAGCAGGCUGCUCACCAGCCUGCGCCACAGCCCCACCCCGGCUGCGCAUCGUCACCAAAACGCUGCGUUGAGGACGCAAGCGGCAGAGUUUUGUGGGGAAGGAGUUUCCAAGCUCAUUCUAUGAAAAGUGCCUAGAUUUGAAUGGCGACUAUGUUGAGAAGUGAUAUUUGGGUGUGGCUUUCAACUACAUAUGGUAAAUGUUUUCUCCUAUACUUUUUUAGGAUACAAGCGGCAGAGUUUGGUGGGGAAGUAGUUGCCAAGCUCAUUCAUCGCUAUGAUAAGUGUCUAGAUUUGAAUGGUGACUAUGUUGAGACAUGGUGUUUGGGUGCAGCUUUCAACUGCAUAUGGGAAAUGUUUUCUCCUAUACUUUGUUCAUUUUUAAUUCCAAAACAUAAUCUACUCAUAACUCAGCUGUCCCUCUACAACAGGUAUGGGCAAACUUGGCCCCUCCGGGUGUUUUGGACUUCAACUCCCACAAUUCCUAACAGCCUACCGGCUGUUAGGAAUUGUGGGAGUUGAAGUCCAAAACACCCGGAGGGACAAAGUUUGCCCAUGCCUGUUCUAGAAUCACAUCUCUACUUUAUGAACCCUUUCCGAGGAAUGUUGUGAACACAUGUCCAUAAGAACUGUAUUUUCCCACACACUAAAGGUACAGUAGAGUCUCACUUAUCCAACAUAAACGGGCCGGCAGAACGUUGGAUAAGCGGAUAUGUUGGAUAAUAAGGAGGCAUUAAGGAAAAGCCUAUUAAACAUCAAAUUAGGUUAUGAUUUUACAAAUUAAGCACCAAAAUAUCAUGUUAGACAACAAAUUGGACACAAAAAGUAGUUCAAUGUGCAGUAAAUGCUAUGUAGUAAUUACUGUAUUUACGAAUUUAGCACCAAAAUAUCACGAUGUAUUGAAAACAUUGACUACAAAAAUGCGUUGGAUAAUCCAGAAGCUUGGAUAAGCGAGCCUUGGAUAAGUGAGACUCUACUGUAAUAGAGUAAAAUAAUACAGCCCCGGUGGCGCAGUGUGUUAAAGCGCUGAGCUGCUGAACUUGCAGACCGAAAGGUCCCAGGUUCAAAUCCUGGGAGCAGAGUGAGCACCCGCUGUUAGCCCCAGCUUCUGCCAACCUAGCAGUUCGAAAACAUGCAAAUGUGAGUAGAUCAAUAGGUACCGCUCCGGUGGGAAGGUGACGGCGCUCCAUGCAGUCAUGCCAGCCACAUGACCGGGAGAUGUCUAUGGACAACGCUGGCUCUUCGGCUUAGAAAUGGAGAUGAGCACCAACAACAAAUUUGACAGAAAAAGUAGUUCAAUAGGCAGUAAUGCUAUGUAGUAAUUACUGUAUUUACACAUUUAGCACCAAAAUAUCAAUGUAUUGAAAACAUUGACUACAAAAAUGCGUUGGAUAAUCCAGAACGUUGGAUAAGCGAGUGUUGGAUAAGUGAGACUCUACUGUACAUGCAAUGCAUUCCUAUCUAAUUCAGCCAAGAGAGAAGGCCUUGGAAAAUUACAAUUCCAGGGAAUCCCAUAAGCAUUGAGCCUUGGUGGUUAAUUAAAGUGGUGCCAAACUGCAUUCAUUCCACAGUGUAGAUGCAAUGAUGAAGAAAAAGAGGUUCAAUGGGGUGGGCAUAGGGAAAAUUAUAAGGCGAAAGGUGGCCAAGGAGAGAGACGCAUAUGCACAAACGACACGAAAUUAAACCAAGACCCCCCCCCUUUCCCGGUUUUCCCCUCCUUAUGCAUUAAUAACCGUUCCAAUAAAGAAGAAGGAAGCCGAUUUCAGGACUGAAUAAAAUAAAAAAUGUUGGGAUUUGGGGGCGUUUUGGGGAGACAGGCGCCGAACCAAUUCCCAAAUGAGAUGAUUCGGUUCCACUAUUUAUUGUAUCUGGCUGGUCUAGAUAAAAGAAAAAUCUGUGUUUGGUGUGUUCAUUACGGGAAAAGUCAUUUGGAUCCAUGGACCCACCUCUUUCCCCCUUUGUGAUCCUUAUCUCUGUCCCUUUCCCUCCAAAGAUAUCUUCAGCCUCGUGCCCCAAUUCUCACGAUUGAGAACAUUCCCCAAAACCCGUUGGCUUCUUCUCCACAGAGCCUUGGAAAUAACAUCCUCUCCCCAGUUCCAUAUUUCCGGCAAAUAUCCGGAGUUCUACCUCCCCAACAUAUCUCCCGUUUCCCCAGAUUUCGUCUCCCGAUUCCCAAUAUCCACGACUCCAUCCCAAGCCCAUGACUUCUUGCAAAGUUGACAACAGCCCCAACGUUUGAGUGUUGAACACAAGUUUUUACAUUAAAAACCUGUGCCUGCCGCGCCCUCCCAUUGCUCCAAACUGGUCCCGUCCCCCCCGCCUCCAUUAUCCAUCCUUCUUCCUCCCAGUUAACCCCAGUUCCAACCAGUUCCUCCAUCAACAUGGUGCGGCUGCUUUUCGGAGGUGAUUAAAUCUUUUGUGUGUGAACCGCG